GUUUCGAGGCGGAAGGGGCGGGCUACGGAGGCCGACGGAGGCCAAUCCGGACCGCCCGGCGCUUUUCCCGGCACCCCCCCGGGCGGGUUGUACACAAUCAUCAUGGCUGCCGCCUCUGCCACCCCCGAUUCGGAUGACACCAGCAUGGAUGCAGAAGCUGAGAAUCCGCCUCUAGACUGCAGGGAUGGCAGCGAUCCUCUUUCUGCUGAGAAACCUUUGGAGACUGAUGAUCCUCAAAGUGAUCCACCUGACCCACAGGCUUCUGUCAGCAAUGGCGGCGAUUCUGAGAUUGGGAAAGAGCUGGUUGAGCUAAAAAUUAUCUGGAACAAAAAUAAGUAUGACUUGAAGUUCCCACUUGAUAACACAGGGGCUGACCUGAAGCAGAAAAUCCACUCACUCACAGGCCUUCCACCUGCAAUGCAGAAGGUCAUGUUCAAAGGACUUCUACCAGAGGAUAAAACUUUACGGGAAAUCAAAGUGAUCAAUGGAGCAAAAAUAAUGGUGGUUGGCUCAACUAUCAAUGAUGUCUUGGCAGUAAACACACCGAAAGAUGCUGCUCAGCAGGAAGUGAAAUCAGAAGAGACCAAAAAGGAGCCCCUUUGCAGACAAAAGCAACACAGGAAAGUGUUAGAUAAAGGAAAACCUGAAGAUGUGAUGCCUUCUGUCAAGGGUGCCCAGGAGCGCCUGCCAACUGUUCCUUUAUCGGGCAUGUACAACAAAUCGGGUGGAAAAGUGCGGCUCACCUUUAAACUCGAACAAGAUCAGCUUUGGAUUGGCACUAAAGAAAGAACAGAAAAGUUGCCCAUGGGGUCUAUCAAGAACGUGGUGAGUGAACCUAUCGAAGGACAUGAGGAUUAUCACAUGAUGGCCUUCCAGCUGGGUCCUACUGAAGCCUCUUACUACUGGGUCUAUUGGGUGCCUACUCAAUACGUCGAUGCCAUCAAGGACACAGUGCUGGGGAAGUGGCAGUAUUUUUGAAGGCACGCUCACCUCUGGCACUGGAGACUGACAUGAACCUAAGGACACUGCUAGGAGAGGCCUGGACAUGGGUCGUCCUGGAACUUCUUAUCGAUACGAUCUCAAAGAGGCCUGGGAGGACGCCAGAGGUGGGGAUCUCUCGCCAUUAGUUUAUUUUUAACUUAAAAAGUGCAGCAGCAGCCUUUGUUCGGCAGCCCAGCUUCAACCAUAUUUAAAAACAAAAAGCAAAUAUGAUGGAAAUCAAUAAACCUUAAUUCACAAACCACUGUGUGUAAUACACUUUAACUGUGCCAGGUGUAGUAGCCCUUCUGGUUUUCUGUUUCUGCAAGGAGAAAAACGCUGACACACCGCUGAGGAUUUUCUACAUGAUUUGGACAAGAGACAGAUAUUUUCGUAACUCUUCAUUAACAAGCAUUAUGGUUUGUUUUGAGGUAUGCGCUUGUGACUGGGAGCUUGAGAAGUAGGUUUCUCUCUCUCCUUUUUAAUACUAAAAGAAAACUUUUAAAUGGUAUGCAAACUUGGGGUUUCAGAAGCCAUAUCUUCCUUGUCCUUAAGUUUCCUGGUAGCUUUUCUGGUAGCAAAAUGGGACAACUCUCACUCUUAACCCAAAGAUGCUUGACUCCUUUUUCAGAUGCUGGCAAUGAUUCUUUAGUGGAGUUUUUCAUGCCUGUUACUGAGAGGAAGGAAGCUUAAUAACGCAGGAGGCUUGCAGCCAUGCUGGACUGUUGCUUACUCUGUUCUGUGUUCCGCCAUUCUCUCUUUCUCCCUUUCUGCUACCAUUAUUAGGGGGAUCUAGACUGCCUUAAGAAGCAUUUCUUGGCUAUCCCUGUUGUUACCAAGAAUUACUUUGCAGCUAGCUUGUGGGUUUGUUAUCUCUUGUUUUACGUAUAACAUUUGCUCUGCAUCCAGACCGCAUCCAGUAUCACCCUAGCAUCAGUGGGGCCUCUGAAUGUGUGUACAGUCACACAGCUGCCUCAAGGUGCUCAGAAGGGAGGUCCCUCCCUGUGUUCAAAGAAGAGACACGGCUGGUCUGUGUGAACAUAUGUGCUCUCCUGCGCAUUCUAGAGAUGCUGGGUUUGCAGCUGUUAUCUACAGCAAGAGAGCACAUUCUUCACACCCUUUAAUAUGAGGUUAGUGGCAUUGUCAAACGUUUUAGCAACUUUUCCAUAAAACGGUGGUUAAAAUUGAACAAAGUGGUAGUCACUUGCUUUUUGUUCAUUAUACCAGAACUCUGGUCCACUGCGUGGCCUGUGGUGACUGAGGAAGACACAAAUUUGCUUUAGAAUACAGGUUUUUUUCUGUUUGGUGCUCUUUAUACCAUAUUUUCAGCUGAGCGAGUAGCUGGCCAUCACCCUGUUCCUUGGCCCACUUGGAGGACCCUCAGGUGUCCUUGUACCCUAUCUUCCAAGUAGGUGUUCCUUGAGUCUUUGCCUAGGUGAACUUGGAGUGUGGCUUAACAUCAUGAUUUGCAUUGAUCCUGGUAGGAACUGAACCAGAGUGAACUGUCGUUCCAGCCUAGCUCAUUCAGGAUAAGUUCCCUGAGGUUCAUGUUUUUUAAGAACAACUCAGACAAAUUGCAUCCAUAGACCUCCCUCGUUCAGUUGAGUUGGCCAUCUUAUUUUCUGCUGAGCUAUUGUAUAAAUCUUUUUGUGCCUGGUGGGGGCACAUUUCAAGAACCCUUGAAGUAAUUUUGACUUCUGUGCCAUCUAAUUUUGUGGAGUGACCAGUCUGGUUUUGAUGAUUGAUUUCCCCGCUACUAAACAUCACCAGGUGUGAAUAGAGAUAUAUAAAACUUCAAAUGUUAAUGCCAUGGUUGGGUCAGGGCAUGUUUUCCUGGAGAAAAAACAGGCAUUUGGAGAAAUUGAAAUUUAUGCAAUUCUUUCUUACCAAACCUAAACCCAAGGCUAUUACUACUAACUAUCCUGCAUUUCAUUCAUGAAUCUAAGAAGUAUUGCAGCAGUCAAUUGACUAUAAUCCUUCAAGUGCUACUUUCAAAAGCUUUUUAUUCAUCAUCCUAGUAGUAGAAAAAUAUUGCAUUACAGUUUUUUCAGUCUUUCCUCAAAUGCCAAGUUUUUACAAUAUCCCCCCCCCCGAGUAUAUGUGUUAGGGUACCCAAUUAUUUUACACAUCUCUACUAGUAACUCAUAACUCCUACUUGCAACUAGUAACCUUAAAUACUUACAGAGUAAGGUUGGCUGCAAUUUUAGCAUUGGGAACGUAAGACGCUGUCUUACCAGUUGCUAGGAAUCGCAAGUGGGCAGAGUGCCACUGCUCUCAUGUUUCUGCUUGGAGGUUUGCACAGGAAUUUGGUCAGCUGCUUUGAGAACAGGAUUGUACUAGAUGGGCAACCUUUGGCCAGACCCAGUGGGCUUGUCCUCCAUUCACCAGAUCAGACAGUUGGUCUAUAUAGUUCAGUAUUUACACUGGCUGUGGCUGUCCAGGGUUUGAGGCAAGCGUCUUUUUCCAGCCUUAAUUGGAGGUGCCAUUGGGGACUGAACUUGGAACCUUCUGCAUGCAAGGCAGACACUGUACCACUUACAGCUCUUCUCCCUUCUGAUUUCCUCAUCCCAGGCUCCUUUGAAGGAAGGCUGUCUUUUAACUACCUGUCUAUCAUGGUAUACUUCUCCUUAGUGCUGUAGUUCAAGGGUCGUUUGCCUCUGGUUUUCUUUGAUCCCUGAGGUGCCCAUCGUGAGCAUCCUUUGUUGUGCAUGGAGGGUGAGCCUCAGUCUGAGCUUUAGCUGCACCUGAAAACACCCCUGGCCCAGGUCUGUACCUCCUGGAUUAGAAGACUACUUGAUGUGAGCAUUUCUAAACAUUAGAGAUCUGGUGUCAAUGUCACCUGUCUUCUGCAAACAUGUAUCCCUGUCUGUUCCAUUUCCAUGAAAGUGACCUUACGGGAUGCAUCCACACAAAUAAUUACAACUAGUAUUGAGGUUGUUUGUGCUUUAGGGGACGAGUGGGAAGCUGUAAGAAGGUGUGUGCCUUACAUCUGUAUUGUUGGCAGCUGUUUAGGAGCAGGAGUCCCUUUCCCCCCACAAGGGGGACUAUACCAAGUGAUGCUCAAGUGGGGCAGGGGCAGAAGAGGCCACUCUCUUUUGGUCUUUCUCUUUUGGUCUGCUUUCUAGAGAGGUCCUGCUUUAGGAGAACAGGAGGGACAUCAGGGCACUUUCAGGGUUUCAAUGGCUAUGUUCUCUCUCCAAAGUUGGUGGCUGUAUACCUGUGAAUAUCAGUUUCUGGGAAUUGUGAGUGAGGGAAGUGUUGUUGCUCUCAAUUCCUGGUUGUGGGCUUCCCUUUGGGGUAUCUGAUUGGCCUCUGUGAGAACAUGAGGCUGGACUUGAUGGGCCCCUUUGGUCCUGAUCCAGCAGCCUGGUUCCUCUUAAUGUUCAUAUAUUGAAGGUAGUGGGUAAUUGUGACAAGUGGAAGGGAGUCUGACAUGUGCAAUACCAAACUGUUUGGCUGUUUGCUCCAACUCCUCCAAGUGCUUCAACCCACCUUCUCAAGGAGUAUGGCUUCUCUCUAGAAGGCAGAGCAACAAUGCAAGUAAAUGGCAUAGGAGUCCUGACAGUGGGUUGCCUGCUUCCUUGUGUACAAGGGCAGCUGAAGGUUUCCAAAGGACUUGCACUAGGCUGGUUUCUCUCCAAAAUUAACAUUAAAGUGGCUCAAAUCUUUUGCAGGAACAUGCAGUUUAAAAGUGACUAUGUACUUGCAAAUUUCCAAGUGCUUCCUAUUUGUGCAGCUAAAGGCACAAUUUGUAACGGGCCAUAAGUGCAGAUAACGUGGUUGACAUGGUUUAUCCUUUUAUAUGAUGUGCUGAUGCUUUGAGUUGCCUUCCAGUCUUUAUAUGUGAAGGGCAUGUCUGCAUAAUUGGGGAUGUGGGGAAACAUCUGCAUGGAAUAGGUAAAUGAUUUCUAGGUUCAAGCAUCUGUUGUCUUUUUCUCUCUCUAGAAGCAAGCCACAAAUUCUUAGUCUCCAGUCUUCCUCAAGGCUCAACCAUUUUUCAAAAAUUUAUCUGCAUCAUGGGCUAAUGCCUUCGGAGCCCAGGGGAUUUACUCAGCCCAAGCCUAAAGAUCCAUCUGAACUUUUAACAUCUGCAUUGUGGCUUUGUUUGAGCCACGGCCUCAUUGAACUUAGUCCCACAGCCUGUGUUUAGUGCCAAGACGAAAGCCUUGAAAAUUGGGAAGUAAAGAAAAUAUAAGCAAUUACCUCUGAGCAUAAGCAGAGUGCCUUUCUCUUAACCUAUCAGGCUCCUCUUCUCUCUCCUUCCACCUCCCCCAACACACCUGGGGCGCUUUAUCCAACAUCAGCUGUAACUCAGAGCAAACCCAUUGAAAUCAAAAGACCACAUGUCCAUUACUUUCAACGGGCCUCCUCUGAGUACAGUUAACAUUGGAGCCAACCCUUGGGGUUAUCGGGCAAGAUUCCCUAGUGAGAGGGCUAGAGCUUCAGCUUGGCUUGAGUUCUUCUUCUGAUCUUUGGGCAUUUGGAAUGCAGCUCCAGGCCCGCUUGAGCCUUUAUAAACGAUUCCACCUUUGAUCCUGGAGGCAGCUCUGAACAAGCAGCUUUUUCAAGCUUGCUGCGUAUUCACAACAUCCUGCUGUGUCUUUUUCAGUCCAUGUGUGUAUCUGUACCCCUCUGUGAUUCCUUCCUUGCAGGGGGUUGAACUAGGUGUCCCUUGGGGUGCAUUCCAUCUUUACAGUUCUAUGAUUCUAUGACUAUUCAAUUGAACACAUUUUGAUAGCAGUGUGGCUGACCCUUGUAGGUGCUGGUAUUUGCAGUCCAUAACCGCUGGAAAGCGCCAGCUUGUGGAAGAGUAUCUAAUCCGACAACUUCUUGUGCCCCAUGUGCUUAGGAGAGGGGUUCUUGAAUUUCCUCCAGCAUGCCAAUAUUAAUUGGGUUUCUGUGCAAGAGAGGGGCAGCCACAUUGAUGCAGAAGGCUGAACUGGAUGGCCUCAGUAGAACUGGCUUCCUAGUGCUGCUGGUGCUUUUGUUUUUCCCCUUCAUUGUCUGCCCUGUCCUGCUGCCUGAGAUAUCAUUCUUUGCCUCUGCUUGCUUCCAAACUGCAGUCCCUUUCUGUGAGGGAGUGUCUUUCUGCAGCUUGAAAGCAUCGCUGCUUAAAAGCCUCCCUGGUGCCAUGUUUACAUGCAGGUUAUAUUCAGAUCAUUUAAUGAGCCUGUUGGAAAACAUUUGCUUGUGCGUGUACCUUCUUAAAGUGUCUCUGAGUGGAAAAUGAGGUGUCUCUUCUUAGUGGAAGGAAAUAUCGAAGGACUUGACUUUAGAUUACAGGUGCUGCUUUGGGCUGCUUAUUAGGGAAGGCUUCAGCAGACACAAAUAAGUGGGUGGGUGUUCCCCUGUGGGGGGGGUGUUAAUGGAAAAACCACAUUGGGAGCAUAUCUCCUUUCACCACUCCCAUGAUCUCCAUCCUUUUUGAGGCAGAUUUUCAGUUCUUUCUUUUUUAAAAAAAAAACUGCCAGGAGGAAGAAUAAAAACAGCCUCAUGUUUCCAGCCCUGCUUUCCCCAACCAGGUAUACUCCAGAUGUUUUGGACUACAGCAUUAAUCAGCCCUAGCCAUCAUGGGAGAUGUAGUUUAAAACAUCUGGAGGACCUCUGGUUGGGAAAGGCAGUUGUCUCAGUCUCACGGAGCAGAAACAUCCCAUGUAAUGCUGGUGAUUAGGAAAUUACUCUGCAUUUGGUGCCUAGGAAACGGGGGUGGUGUUCCAGGGCUAAUCUUGCUCUUGCUGAGUUGUGGAUUUUCUUUCCAUUUUCUUAACCAGGGCCAAAAAUCUAGGUUCUGUUGUGCAAUGCAUUUCUCCCACCCAAGGUGCCAUAUUGGGAGAACUCUCCUCCUCCAGACUUGCAGCCAUAGGGAACCUCAGUAUGCCCUUCUCCCAGCACGGACACAUGCUAGCUGUUUGGUCUUACAGGACAGGCUUUCACCACUUGCCCUCCUAGUCUCCCAGUCCUUCCAACAGACAAGAAUGACCUGCCCACAUCAUGCCCACCCAUUGUGGGCAGCUUCACAAGCAAAUGGAGCGCCCAAGAAGGGCCCAAGCAGUGAACGCAGCCAGCUGGGGUGUGGUUGGCAUGCACAUGUACACACAGACCUGUUUAACACUGGUAUGGAUGCAUUUCAGGGGCUGGGAUCUUGGUGUUCAGUAUCAGGAAAUCUUCCAUCUCCCCCAGUAUCCCUUCCUGUGUGAAGAGUUGCCCUGUGCUGGGGUGAAUUUCUCUUGCGCCAUCAUGUGCCUGCCCUCUGAAUCUUAGCCAGUUCCUUGCAUGGGCAGAAGCUAGGCAGGCAGUGUGUCUAUCCCAAAUAGCCCAGCCUGAUUCACCCUCAUCCCAGGUCCUCUGCAGAGCAGCAGUUUAUCAUUUCCAGGGCCGGUUAUGGGAACAGGGAGGCAUGAAUGAGGCUGGGUGAACAUUAAGUCUUAGACGUGCACUGCUGAAAUAUUUUUAAGUGUAACUUUGUCCGGCAAUUAUUCUCCUUGUUCUAUUCUGUAAGAUCAAUCAGUCUUGUCAAUUAAACUUUGAUAAUGAACA